CCCCUUGCAACCGCCGCCUUGCAGGAUCCGGUGCUGCUGCCCGACAGCCGCACCACCCUGGAUCGUUCCACCAUCGAACGCCACCUCAUGUCCAGCAGCACAGACCCAUUCAGCCGUGCCCCGCUGUCCAAGGAGCAGCUCAUCUCCAACCACGAGCUGCGGCAGCAGAUUGAGGCCUGGCUGCAGCAGCACCCGCACCACAGC